AUGGCGUCAAGAGGCGCCGUCUUGCCGCUGCUGAGGCGCGAGAUGCGAGGCUCAUCCCGACUCGCACGUGUGAAUGCCACCAACCUCCCCAUUUCUAGUCGUAUCCCAUCGACAUAUCCUGCAGCUCUUCGAUCUCCUACUGCUCGUCGUCCCACGUCAUUCCUUCCAUCCACACAGAUUCGCGCCUUCUCGCAGUCCGUCAGCCGCCGCCAGACGGAGGAAGAUGGGCACUUUGACCCAAGGUCAAUCGAGCGCGAGUCAGACGAAGUGGAUGUCUGCAUCGUUGGCGGUGGUCCCGCUGGUCUGGCCGCGGCGAUUCGAUUGAAGCAACUCGCCAAUGACGCGGGCAAUGAGGACUUUCGUGUGAUUUUGUUGGAGAAGGCUGGCGAAUUGGGCGCUCACAUCGUCUCAGGCAAUGUCCUUGAGCCUACAGCCAUGAACGAGCUUCUUCCCGACUGGCUGGCCGAAGACAAUCCGUCCCGGUUUGAGGGCGCGACUCCCGCCAAGGGCGACAAGAUGCGCUAUUUGACCGAGAAGUCAUCUUUUCCUCUCCCUACGCCACCACAGAUGCACAAUCACGGUAACUACAUCAUCAGCUUGAACGAGUUGACAAAGUGGCUUGGCGAACGUGCGGAGGAGCUCGGCGUUGAGGUGUAUCCUGGAUUUGCCGCCAGCGAGGUUGUCUACAACAGCGAUGGCUCGGUCAAGGGUGUUGCGAACAACGACCUUGGUCUAGGCCGCGACGGCCGCCCCAAGGACAAUUUCGAGCGCGGCAUGGAGUUCCAUGCGCGGGUCACGCUUCUUGGUGAGGGAUGCCACGGUAGUCUGACCAAGCAGCCACAAACCUAUGCCCUGGGUAUCAAGGAGAUUUGGGAAAUUCAGCCCGAGAAGUUCAAGUCGGGCGAGAUCACUCACUCCAUGGGCUACCCGCUGCCCAAGGACACUUACGGUGGUGCAUGGAUGUACCAUUUUGGUGACAACAUGGUCAGCAUUGGCCUGGUGAAUUUCAAAAGGAAUGAAGCAGCAUCCCAUGUACCGGGAGGUUCUGGAGGGUGGAAAGUGCAUCUCCUACUGGGUGCUCGUGCGUCUGAACGAGGGUGGAUUCCAGUCCAUCCCCAAAUGCGCUUUCCCGGUGGCGCCUUGAUUGGAGACACGGCAGGUUUCCUGAAUGUGCCCAAGAUCAAGGAACCCACACCGCGAUGCGGUCAGGCAUGUUGGCGGCGGAAGCGACCUAUUCUGCUCUCCAAAACAAGGAUGAGGAACAGUAUUCCUUUCGACUAUGAAAAAGGCGCUUCGCGAUUCCUCCAUCUGGAAGGAAUUGUACGAGGUGCGCAACAUCCCCCCCUCCUUCAACAGCUGGCUCGGAUUCUGGGGUGGUCUGCUUUACUCUGGACUGGAGGCUAUGAUCUUCCGCGGCCCGUGUGCCUUGGACCCUCAACCACCACGGUACCGAUGCCGCCGCCACCAAGCCGGCCUCGGAGUGCCAAUAAGAUCGAGUAUCCCAAACCCGAUGGCAAAAUCACAUUUGACAUUCUGACAAGUGUGAGCCGCACGGGUACGAAUCACGAGGAGGACCAACCUGUCCACCUUCAAGUCAAGGACUGGGACGCUCACAAGGAUCUCGCCUGGCCGGUGUACAAGGGAGUGGAAAACCGCUUCUGUCCCGCGGGUGUGUACGAGUACGUCGAAGAUUCCAGCAAGCAGCAUGGCGUCCGAUUCCAAAUUAAUGCGCAGAACUGUAUUCACUGCAAGACCUGCGAUAUCAAGGUUCCCACCCAGGACAUCAACUGGCAGACUCCCCAAGGCGGCGAGGGUCCCAAAUACGUCAUGACCUGA